UCGAUACGUUGAAACCAGACACAGUGUCGUCUUCGCCAUCACCUAAUCACACAAUUCUUCGUAGCAUUCCCAACUCGCCUUCACCAUUCCCAACUCGCCUUCACCAUUCCCAACUCGCCUUCACCAUUCCCAACUCGCCUUCACCAUUCCACCGUCCCUGAAGUCUCUUUCUCUCCCACCCCAAACAUGCCGCUCAUCCUCUGCCCCCUGACCACCGCCGACACCCUCUCCUGGACCCGCAUCCGCACCAUCGCCUACCACGGCCCCCUCCACACCCUGACCCACACGCAGCCUCUCUCCAAAUCCUCGAUCCUUGCUCUAGCGCACGCCCGAAAGACCGAAAUCGGCAAGCCAAAUGCCUGGCACUGGAAAGUCGUCGACACGGAACUCUCACCCGGCGAGGACGACCCUAUCGACAACAGGGGUCGUACGAUCGCAAUCGCCAUAUGGAGCGCGCACAAUGUAGCUGGACCGAACGACACGUCAAAAUCCAGUGGCGAAGAAAAAGACGCCUCCUUUGUCCCACCAGAACUCCGCCCCGACGUGCUCACCGCGGUGCUCACCCCGCUGCGUGCGGCGCAGGAUGAGAUCAUGGGAGUCUCGACUCCUUACUUAAAGCUGGACAGUCUAGCGACGCAUCCAGAGCACCAUCAACGGGGUGCGGGCAAGAUGUUGCUGGACUGGGGCGUUGAGAAGGCGGAUGCGGAGGACUGGAAGACGUACUUGGAUGCGACGCCUGUAGGGCUCAAAAGCUAUGAGCGAGUUGGGUUCAAGAUUGUGAGGGAGGUGAGGUUUGAUCGGGGCGCAUGGGGUGGUGAAGGGGAAGAUUGGUGGGGGUGUAUGGUUAGGGAGGUUGGUAGGAGUUAAG